AUGAACGUCCUCAUCUUCGGAGACCAAACCGCCGACCAGUACCCGCUCCUGCGGAAGGCCUGCACCUGGAAGAACAACUCGACCCUGACGAGCUUUCUCGACAGAGUCAGUCAAGUAGUCCGCGAAGAGGUGCAGAAGCUGCCACGAACACAGCGAGACCAAAUUCCCAACUUUCUGACAACAUGGGAUCUUAUCGAAGCAUACUAUGCUAAGGGACUGAAGGUUCCUCAGCUAGAGAGCUGCAUGGUCACCAUUGCGCAGCUGUCGCACUACAUUGGAUACUAUGCCGAGAAUCCCUCAGACCUGAAGAACCCGGCAAACACACGAGUAGUCGGUCUUUGCACUGGUCUGCUCGCAGGAUCUGUUGUUGCCUCCGCGCGAUCCCUGAGCGAGCUUCUUCCCCUCGCCAUUGAGGCCGUCCGCAUCGCUUUCCGCACCGGCACCGUCGUUGGUGCCGCAAAGGAGGCGCUAGAGCAGACUCCUGUUCCCAAGGAGACAUGGUCCACCAUCGUGACUAGCAUUUCCGAGAAGGCCGCCAAAGACGCAAUUACUGCGUUCCACCAGGAGCAGCGGAUACCGACCUUGGCGCAAGCCUACAUUAGCGCCGUUAGCACCAUGGCUCUGACCAUCAGCGGCCCGCCCUCCACCACCAAGCGCCUGCUCCAGAGUGACGCCUUCAAGGGCUGCACUCGGGUAUCCAUCCCGGUUUACGCUCCCUACCAUGCUGCCCACCUUUACACUGAGGCCGAUAUCGACCAGAUUCUCGACAAGGAUGCUACCAGGCAUUUGCAGCAAUUCCGUCCGCUUUCUCUGGUGCACUCCGCUUCUACCGGAGAGUGCCACACUGCCACCAGCACAUUGGACCUCAUCCGAACUGCGCUCAGCGAGAUCCUUGUUGAGUCAGUUCGAUGGGACAACUUGCUCUCUGAGGUUGUGUCUCAGGUCACUGCUACAUCUAGCCAAGACUGCUCCGUAUCCGCUAUCGGUGUCACUUCCAUCACGAACAGCCUUGUUUCCGCGCUGAAGAGUGGUGGACAGUCAUCGGUCACAGCCCGCGAUCACACUUCCUGGGUGGCCGCUGAGCAUGACAGCCGCGGUCGCACCCAAAAUGACAAGAUCGCCAUCGUUGGCAUGUCGGGUCGUUUCCCCGGUGCUGCCAACCCUGAUGCACUCUGGGACCUCCUCGAGAAGGGUCUCGACGUCCAUCGCGAGGUGCCUUCGGAUCGUUUCGACGCAAAGGCUCACUGCGAUCCUACUGGCAAGGGCAAGAACAAGAGCCACACGCCCUUCGGUUGCUUCAUCGAUGAGCCUGGUCUAUUCGACCCCCGCUUCUUCAACAUGUCUCCUCGUGAGGCUGCCCAGACUGACCCUAUGGGCCGUCUUGCCCUUACCACCGCAUACGAGGCUCUCGAGAUGUCUGGAUACGUUCCCAACCGCACCCCGUCGACGAAGCUCGAGCGCAUCGGUACCUUCUACGGUCAGACUUCCGACGAUUGGCGUGAGAUCAACGCAGCUGAGAACAUUGACACCUACUUCAUCACUGGUGGUGUGCGCGCCUUCGCGCCCGGUCGCAUCAACUACUACUUCAAGUUCUCCGGCCCAUCCUACAGCGUUGACACUGCCUGUUCGUCUUCGCUCGCUGCCAUCCAGCUUGCCUGCACUUCGCUUUGGGCUGGUGACUGCGACACCGCUUGUGCUGGAGGUCUGAACGUCCUUACCAACCCCGACAUUUUCUCCGGUCUCAGCAAGGGCCAGUUCUUGUCGAAGACUGGCAGCUGCAAGACUUAUGACAACGACGCCGAUGGUUACUGCCGUGGUGAUGGUUGUGGUUCAGUGGUGCUCAAGCGCUACGAAGACGCCAUUGCCGACAAGGACAACAUCCUCGGAUGUAUUCUUGGCGCCGCUACCAACCACAGCGCUGAGGCUGUGUCCAUCACCCAUCCCCACGCCGGAGCGCAGGAGUACCUUUACAACAAGGUCCUCUCCAACGCCGGUGUCGAUGCUCAUGACAUCAGCUACGUUGAGAUGCACGGAACUGGUACUCAGGCCGGUGACGGUAUCGAGAUGACUUCCGUCACCAACGCCUUUGCACCCCGCCACCGCCAGCGUCGCCCUGAACAAACCCUCCAUUUGGGUGCGAUCAAGGCUAACAUUGGUCACGGAGAAGCUGCCUCUGGUAUCAACUCCUUGGUCAAGGUCUUGAUGAUGAUGAAGAAGAACGCCAUUCCUGCCAAUGUUGGUAUCAAGGGUGUCAUGAACAAGACUUUCCCCAAGGAUCUCGGCCAGCGCAAUGUCCACAUCUCGACCACCCAAGUUCCAUGGCCCCGCAACGGUGCUGAGAAGCGCAAGAUCUUCUUGAACAACUUCUCCGCUGCCGGUGGUAACACUGCCGUCAUCCUUGAGGAUGCGCCUCUUCCUGAGGCCCCCAAGGGUGUUGACCCCCGCACCAUGCACAUGGUGACUGUCAGCGCCAGGUCCAUCUCCUCGCUCAAGAAGAACAUCAACAACCUGAUGCAAUUCCUCGAUGAGACUCCCUCUGUCACUCUCCCCAGCCUGGCAUACACCACCACUGCUCGCCGCAUUCAGCACAACUACCGCGUCGCAUUCUGUGUGUCCGACAUUUCCAAGGUCAAGGACGGUCUCCAGGCUCAGAUUAAGGACACCUACAGCCCCCUUCCCAUGGUUCCCACCAAGACUGCCUUCACCUUCACUGGUCAAGGAUCCCAGUACACAGGUCUCGGUCAAAAGCUUUACGAAGAUCUCGAGACCUUCAGGAUCGACAUCGAUCAGCUCGACAAGGUUGCCCGCAUGCAUGACCUUCCAUCCAUCCUUCCUCUCUUGACAGGUACGGACGUCGCGACUCUUUCUCCGGUCGUCGUCCAGCUUGGUAUGGCUUGCAUUCAGGUUGCCCUCGCUCGCAUGUGGGCCUCUUGGGGCGUCAAGCCAGUAGCUGUCAUUGGUCACAGUCUCGGUGAAUACGCUGCUCUUCACGUUGCCGGCGUCAUCUCUGCCAGCGACAUGGUUCUCCUCGUCGGUCGUCGUGCUCAACUCCUCGAACAGGAGUGCACUGCCAACACUCACGGCAUGCUUGCCGUCAAGGGCAGCGUUGAAGCUAUCACCGCCGCUCUCGGAGAUAAGAUGACUGAGAUCGCCUGCAUGAACGGUCCCGAAGAGACUGUUCUCUGUGGCACCGUUGAUCUGGUAGACUCCACUAACGAGGCGCUCGCAUCCAAGGGCUUCAAGGCCACGAAGCUGAACGUUCCUUUCGCGUUCCACUCAGCCCAGGUCGAGCCCAUCCUCGAGAAGUUCAAGGCCGCAGCUGCAUCUGUCACCUUCAACGCCCCCGUCGUUCCGGUCAUGUCGCCUCUCACUGGCGAGAUCAUCCGCGAGGCUGGCAUCAUUGGUCCGGAUUACCUGGCCCGCCACGCCCGUGAGACUGUCAACUUCUGGACCGCUCUCACGACUGGUCAGAAUGACAAGCUCUUCGAUGCUAAGACUGCCUGGCUCGAAGUCGGUGCUCAUCCUGUCUGCAGUGGCAUGGUGAAGUCUUCCCUUGGUGGAGCACCUGUCGCAGCUGGAUCUCUCCGCCGCAACGAGGACCCGUGGAAGACUCUCUCCAACAGCAUCACUACCCUCUACCUUGCUGGUGUCUACGUCGACUUCAACGAGUACCACAGGAAGUUCAAUGAUGCACAUGAGAUGUACACUCUUCCCACAUACGCUUUCGACUCCAAGAAGUACUGGCUCGACUACCACAACAACUGGACCCUUACCAAGGGCGAGGUCCUUGAAGCUCCCACCGCCGUCAAGGCCAUUGAGGCUGCGCCAGCUAUGGAUGCUCCAUCCAAGUUGUCCACUACCUCCUGCCACAAGAUCGUUCGGGAAGAGCUCCACGCCAACUCUGGUACUGUCGUCGUACAGUCAGAUCUUUCUGACCCCAAGCUGAAGGCCACCAUCACUGGUCAUCAGGUCAAUGGUACACCUCUUACGCCUUCUUCUCUCUACGCUGACCAGGCCAUGACUGUCGCGGACUAUCUCUACCAGCAGCUUCGUCCUGGCACCGCCACUCCUGGCCUCAACGUCUGCUCCAUGGAGGUCACCAAGACCCUUAUUCCUCAGUACCCUCCUCCAGCCAGUGGCCAGCACUUGCAGAUUGAGGGUAACGCAGAUCUAGAGACUGAUCAAGUCCAGAUUACCUUCCGCACUGUCUCUGCCGAUGGCUCCAAGGUCCUUGCUGAGCAUGCUGUCGGUAUCGUCAAGUACGAGUCCAUCGACGCCUGGAAGGAAGAGUGGGGUCGCAUUCAGUACAUGGUGCAAGCUCAGAUCAACAGCCUCGAGCAGAAGCUCCAGACUGGUGCCGCCCACAAGGUUCUCCGUGGCAUGGCUUACAAGCUCUUCAAGGCCCUUGUAACUUACGCCGACAACUACCGCGGCAUGGAAGAAGUCAUCCUUGACGGUAAGGAGACCGAAGCCACCGCUCAGGUCCAAUUCCAGACCACUGCGGCCGACGGAGAGUUCUUGUGCUCACCAUACUGGAUCGACUCUCUGGCACAUCUUUCGGGAUUCAUUGUCAAUGCCUCCGACCAUCUUGACUCUGAGAACUCCGUCUACAUCUCGCACGGAUGGGGAUCGAUCAAGAUUGCAGGAAAGCUUUCGCCCCAGAAGAAGUACCGCUCCUACGUCCGCAUGCAGCCUGCUCCUGGCAACAUCUCCGUCGGUGAUGUCUACAUCAUGGACGGCGCUGAGAUCAUCGGUAUGGUCAUGGGCCUCAAGUUCCAGAACAUCCCCCGUCGCGCUCUCAACAUCAUGAUGCCACCUUCUGGCAAGGCCGCUGCUGCCCCCGCCGGUAAGGCUGCCGCUAAGCCUGCCCCCAAGGCGCUUCCCGCUGCUGCACCAGUCAAGGCCACCAAGGCAGCCAAGCCUGUCGCUAAAGCCGCCGCUAAGCCUGCUAAGGCCGCGAAGGCUGUCAAGACUGCCGCCCCCGCUGGUGUCACCUCCAAGGUCAUGAAGAUCGUGGCUGAAGAGAUCGAUGUCGACAUGUCUGAGCUGGUCGACGAGGCUGCAUUCGAGAACCUCGGUGUCGAUUCCCUCCUGUCUCUGACCAUCUCCGCCAGGUUCCGCGAGGACCUUGACAUGGACAUUCCUUCUACUCUCUUCACUGACUGCUCCACGGUCGGAGAAUUGAAGAAGCACUUCUCUCAAUACGAUGGCGCUGUCGUUGUUGAGGACGACUCCUCCGAUACCUCCGAUGAGCCUUCCGACUCCACCCCAUUCGAGGCUGCCGAAGAGAAUGACGACACACCCGCCAGCUCAGCAGGUAGCGAGGAUGGCGAGGAAGAAGUCAAGACCUCCACCGAGGCUGGCGCCAGUCUCGCGCGCAAGCUUGUCGCCGAAGAGAUGGGUGUUGAUGUCUCUGAGAUCACCGAUGACCUCGACCUCACUGACAUUGGCAUGGACUCCCUCAUGAGUCUCACCAUUCUCGGCUCCAUGCGCGAGGCUACCGGUCGUGAUCUUCCUGCUGACUUUCUCACUGUCAAUGUCACCAUCAAAGACAUCGAGACUGCUCUUGAUAUGCGCCCCAAGCCGCAGCAGCAGGCGAAGGUUGCCAAACCCGCUGCUAAGGUUUCGGCCCAACCCCCUCAACUCGCUGAGGUGAACAAGAAGCUCGCUUCCCUUCCUGAUGUCUCCCACCUUCCCCCGGCCACCUCUGUCCUCCUUCAGGGUAACCCCAAGAUCGCCACCAAGAAGUUCUUCUUGGUCCCUGAUGGCUCCGGCAGCGCAACCAGUUACAUCUCCAUCCCCAACAUCUCUACCGACAUGGCUGUGUACGGACUUAACUGCCCGUUCAUGAAGUGCCCCGAGAAGUGGAGCUGUGGUGUUGAAGGUGUCUCUCGCCUGUAUCUCUCUGAGAUCAAGCGUCGUCAGCCUCAGGGCCCGUACAUCGUCGGUGGAUGGUCCGCUGGUGGUGUCAUGGCCUACGAGGUUGCUCAGCAACUCGUCAACUCCGGAGAGCAAGUUGAGAACCUCGUUCUCAUCGAUGCCCCAUGCCCUGUCGCUCUUGACCCUCUCCCCGCUCGUCUCCACAUCUUCUUCGAUCAGAUAGGCCUUCUCGGUACUGGCAAGCCCGGCGGUACUCCCUCUUGGCUUCUUCCUCACUUCGCGUCCGCUAUCCAGAACCUCAAGGACUACGACCCGAAGCCCAUGAACCCCAGAAUCGCCCCUCCUGUCCUCGCCAUCUGGUGCACCGACGGUGUCUGCCCCAACCCUGAGGACCCCCGCCCUCCCCCAGGUGAGGGAGAGGACCCAGCGCCCAUGAAGUGGCUGCUCAACAACCGUACCGAUUUCUCCGACAACGGUUGGGCACAGCUCCUCCCCAAGGAGAACUUCCAAUACGCCGUCAUGGGCGGUAACCACUUCACUAUGAUGAAGGGUGAGCACGGUGUCACACUAGGCAAGCUCAUCCAGCAAGGUCUCAAGCUAUAA